AUGUCCUUGGGACGCCUGAUAGCCAAGGGAUCUAAGAGGCCUGUCUUUCAUAUUACCACACCGAUUUUCUAUCCGAAUGCGAAGCCACAUUUAGGCCAUCUGUAUUCAAGCCUCUUAUGCGAUACCACUCGGCGUUGGUAUGAGCUACUAGGUUAUGACACUCUUUUCACCACAGGGACCGACGAACAUGGCCUCAAGAUACAACUCGCUAGUGAAAAGAAUAAGUUUUCGUCUCCAAAAGAUUUCGUCGACGUUCUGUAUCGUGAAUUCACCAAACUAGAUCAACAGGCAAAUAUCAAAUACUCGCGCUUUAUAAGGACAACCGACCCAGAUCAUAUUGAAAACGUAAAGAAACUAUGGACACUAUGCUGGGAAAAGAACUUCAUAUACAAGGGGACUCACAAUGGCUGGUAUUCCGUUUCAGACGAAACAUUUUAUCCGGACUCUAAAAUUGUACAAGUUACGAAAGAUGGACAUGAAAUUAGCAUUAACAAUCCUAAUAUAGAUAAGCUGGGGAAAUUUAUCAAUACAGAAACUCGAAAUGAGGUUAUUUUCCAAUCAGAAACAAAUUAUUUCUUCAAAUUAUCGCAUUUUAGGGACCAGCUUGUCAAGCUCAUAGAGCAAGAUGAUCCCAACUUUAUUUUCCCUCCGUCAAGAGCACGUCAAAUCUUGAGAGAAUUGAAAGGGUCUCCGCUAACUGACUUGUCUGUUUCAAGACCAUCUUCACGUAUUAAAUGGGGUAUUGAUGUGCCUCAAGAUCCAACUCAGAAGAUUUAUGUGUGGUUUGAUGCAUUGUGCAAUUAUAUCACAUCCAUAGGGGGGAUUGACGCAAUUCUUUCAGAUUCCACGGCAAUGGUGAGGCAUGGUAGUGUAACGAGUAUUCAUCAACCAGCACAGUGGUGGCAGAACACUACUCAUGUGAUUGGUAAAGAUAUCAUCAAAUUCCACACUAUUUAUUGGCCAAGUUUUCUUCUGGCAGCUGGAUUGCCUUUACCUAAGCAAGUAGUUGUUCAUAGCCACUGGCUCUCUGGUGGAGUGAAAAUGAGCAAAUCACUUGGAAACGUUGUCGACCCAGAGGAAAUGAUUCAAUACUACGGUUCUGACACCAUGAGAUGGUUUCUUUUGGAAAAUUCUCAACUUGAUAUUGAUGGAGAUUUUAACGAGAAACGCCUGCAUGCUACAAGGGAGCAGCUUGUAUCCAAAUGGGGUAAUCUAAUCAAUCGCUGCUGCGCGAAGAAGUUUGAUUUGCAUCGGGCAGUGGAUACUUUUGCUGGGAAAACGACCUACGCAGAGAUAGCUACAGAGCUUCUCAAUGAACAGCAGAGAGAUCUUUUUGUCAAACUAAUGGAACAAAGUAAUGAUCUAGUAGAAGUGUUCCACGAAAAAUUCACCAAAUUUCAUACGAAUGGUGCACUUAAGGUUGCAUGGAAUCUUUUGAAUGAUACUAAUCAAUUUGUUCAAAUAUCCGAACCAUGGUCCAAGUCGGAGAGCACUCAAGAUUUCGUCAUUUUCACUGCCAUUGAAGUGUCAAGAAUUCUAUCUAUUUUAUGCCAACCCGUUAUUCCUGAGCUUUCUAACAGCUUUCUUAACCGGAUCGACAUUUCGCUUAAUCGAAGAACUAUCGACUACGCAAAAUUUGGAUUCGACCAUGAAUAUGGGGGGGACGCUAAUAAGAGGGGCAGGGAUGUUCCUUUGAAAAGAAUUCCUUAUAGAAUUUCAGUAUAA